AUGGACGAGCCGCAGGACGCGACCGAGGCGCCGGCGUUGCUCUUGAAGCGCAAGGACUUUUUGGCGACGGACGAGGCCGCCAAGAGCCACCCGAAUCGGACGUACUACUACCGAAAAGACGCCGACGUGGAAAAGGUCAUCGACUCGUGCACGAAGAAGCUCGCGGCCAACCCGACCGACGCAACGACCUUUGCCGUGCGGGGCGCGUCGCACAUGAAGAAGACGGAGUGGGCCGCCGCCGUCAGCGACUUUGGCAAGGCGCUGCAACUGGCGCCGAACGACGCCAACAGCUACUACAACCGCGGCCUCGCGUGGAGCAACCUCAACGAGCCGCAGCGAGCGAUCGAGGACUUUACCCAUGCGCUGCAGCUCAACCCGAAUCAUGUCAACGCAGCGUAUGCGCGCGCUUCGUCGUUCAACAAGCAAGGCGACUUUUCCCGCGCGAUCGAGGACUACAACUUUGCACUUAUGAAGGACCAGCAGUGCACAAAGGCCAAGGGCAAGGCCAAAGCCAAGACGGCGCCCACCGCGCUAUGUGCCACCAACCUCAAUCUCAAUCCCAACAACAACAAUAACAGCCACAACCACGGCAGUAAGCCGCAUGGCAGCAGCAUGGUGCUUGGCAUUGAGGCGUACGCCAAGCUGCGGGAGAAGGAGCUUCUCGACAAGAUGACACAGCGCAAGCAGCAACUCGCGUCGUCAACACCACGCGAUGUAUCGAUCCUAUCCGAAGCCGCGGGCCACGACGCCGUGCCUUCCGACAUCACGGCGACCGAGAACUCCACCGGUGACGACGCCGAAGCUCAUCACGUGCGCGGCUUUGCGUACCGCAAAGAAGGUCAGUUUGAGCUCGCCGUGCAAGAGUACUCGCGCGCGAUUGCGGCCAACCCUGCUCACUUCAAAGCGCACUUUAACCGGGGGUUUGCCUACGACAAGUUGCGUCAAUUUGAGCGGGCGGUCGCCGACUACUCGACAGCGAUUCGCCUCGACCCGACCAACGCCUUUGCCUACUAUAACCGCGGCAUCUCCCUCGACCGGAGCGGCAACUACACGGGCGCGGUCCUCGAUUUUACUAAGGCCAUUGCGCUGCUGCCGACGAACGCGGAUUUUUACCACAAUCGCGGGUUCUGCCACCGCAAACAAGGUCGGUUUGACUUGGCCGUGCGCGACUACACGGCGGCGAUUCAGCUCCAUCCGACCCACUUCAAAGCGCUCUACAACCGCGCGUUCUCGUACGACAAGAUGGAGCAGUUUGACGCUGCGAUUGCGGACUAUACGGCAGCCCUGCGCAUCGACCCGAAGAGUGCCAACGCUUACCACAACCGCGGCAGCACGUGGGAAAAGAUGAAGCGGCUGCCCGACGCAAUCGCCGACUUCAACCAGGCGAUUGCGCUCGUACCACACGCAGCGUCGAGCUACAAUAGCCGCGGCCUUGCGUUCGACCAACAGGGGAAGCACGCGCAGGCGCUCACCGACUUUGACACGGCGCUGCAGCUCGAGCUAGAGAAUCCGAUCUUCUUGCACAACCGCGGGUACUGCUACCGCAACCUCGGCGACUUUGAGAAGGCAGUGGCCGACUACUCGGCGGCCCUUGCGAUCGAGCCGAACAACGUCGCGGCUUAUAACAACCGUGGGUACGCCCGGCGCAAGCAAGGUCGGUUCGAGGCCGCCGUCGACGACUACACGGCCGCGCUGCAACUGGACCCGGCGAGCACGCGAACGUUGAGCAACCGCGCGUACUCGUUCGCCAAGAUGGGUCGGUACACACAGAGCAUCGCCGACUACACGCACGUCCUCUCGCUCGAGCCCAAGAACGCAUAUGCGCUGCACAACCGAUCGAUUCUGCAGGAGAAACUCCGCGACGGAUAGAAUUGAUCGAACGCUAACGACUCGUU